UUGUCCCUUUGCGCUUACCGUAUAAUGUGCCUGUUCAAUCCAAGAUGGCCGCGCUCAGGGGCAAAGUGGUCACAGAAUGUCUUACAACAUGUAUUUUUCGACAAACAGGCACAGCGAGCCUUUCCACCCUUCCUAUUGUUAUGACAAGGAAUAAAUGGUUUGUGCCGAGAUCGCAUCUUCACACUGCCAGAGGAAGUAGGGGUCCUCUAAUUAGGGCACUUCUUGGGUGUCCCAAUCAUGGCAAGUUACUGCUGGUCAGUGCUGUAGCGGUGAGACACAGCAGUUCACAGACGACAGAAACUGUGCAGAGCAUUUCAACUCCGGUUGAACCUAUAGAUACUGCAGCGUCUCCUCCAGUGUCUAUUCCGAGUACCUUUGCUGACUCCGCUCCUGCAGUCACGCCACCAGUCACAGAGCAGGUGGCCGAGGCUCCUCUCACUGCAUUGGAUGUUCUUCAGGAGGUUGGAGCUGAAGCCAGUCUAUCCGAGCUCGGCCUGGGCAGCUACACACCUGUGGGCCUGAUCCAGAAUCUGUUGGAGUUUUUGCAUGUUAGCGUUGGGCUGCCAUGGUGGGGGGCCAUUGUUGCAGGCACCAUUUUGGCCCGGUGUGCUGUGUUCUCCGUCAUUGUAAAGGGACAGAGGGAAGCAGUCAAACUGAACAACGUCAUGCCAGAAAUGAACAAGCUAACCAACCGCAUGAAAGAGGCCAAGCAGAGCGGAAACAAAUUUGAUUAUUCAAAAGCAUACACUGACUUCAUGAUGUUUCAGAAGAAACAUGACGUGAACCCUUUGCGUGGGUUUCUAGUGCCUGUGAUACAGGCUCCGAUCUUCAUCUCUUUCUUCAUUGCCUUGCGUAAGAUGGCAUAUCUCCCCGUACCAAGUUUGCAGACGGGCGGCCUCUGGUGGUUCACAGACCUAACCGCAGCUGAUCCUUUAUGCAUUCUCCCCGUUGUCGUGACUGGCACUAUGUUUGCCAUCGUAGAGGUGGGAGCCGAAUCUGGUGUGGACAACCCCAAUCUGAAGGCCAUGAAGACUGUCUUCAGGAUCAUGCCCUUCGUGAUCCUCCCCAUGACGAUUAACUUCCCCACUGCGGUGUUCACCUACUGGAUGACCUCUAACCUCUUCUCACUGGGUCAGGUGGCCCUGCUGAGGCACCCGUUCGUGAGACAGAAGUUACGCAUCCCAGAACGCGUCACGCAUCAACCUUCGGCACUUCCUCCCAAUGAUGGUUUGAUAAAAAGCAUCAAGGAAGGAUGGAAAAAUGCCCAGUUGGCUCAUGAGCUGGAGGAGAGAGAAAAGAGAAUUAAAGGCCACCUGGAAAUGGCAGCCAGAGGUCCCCUGAAGCAGACUUUUACCCAUAACCCCCUUCAGCAGUCAGGUGCACCAAUGUCAACAGGAAAAUCAAGUAAUUUGAAGCAACACAAGAAAAGGCCUUGGCAAGAUACGAUUGGUUAACACCUCAAUGAAGAAUUGUGAAGGCUUUGUAUUGAGAAGGACUAAGGGAUGGGUGGUAAAAUUAAGACUAAAUAAGUGUUUAAUGUAAAAGGUGUUGUGUUGUAUCUUGUCAUUAAAGAGCAAUCCUGUUGCCUUA